AAAAAAACAAGGACCAAAAUCAUAAAAACAAAUUGGAAUCAUGAAAUCAUUGAGCAGUGCUUCUUUCCUCCUCCUCAGCACGGUUGUCUUCCACCUCUUCUCCUCCGCCGCCGCCGUUGAAACCGAUGCUAAGCCCCCUAUAAUUUCCAAGGGUGAUUCGAAAUUAAGCCAAAGCGAUGGUAGGAAGUUUUGUGUGUCGAAACCCGAAGCUAGUGAUGCUCAAUUGAAAAAAAACUUGGAUUGGGCAUGCAAGGAAGGCAUCGAUUGCAGUCCGGUUGAACCGGGAGCGGUUUGCGAUGAUCCGGCCAGCCUGAGGUCUCGUGCAAAUUAUGCCAUGAAUACUUACUAUCGAACGAGAGGUGAAACUAAAAAUGCUUGUGAUUUUGAAGGCACUGGUCGACUCAUCGAUACCAAUCCAAGUUAUGGCGAAUGCACAUAUCUUUGAAGGAUGGUCCUUUGGUUGACACAUGGGCCACUUUUUUUUUUAUAUAAGAAAAUGGUCAAAUUCCAAGUUUAGUCCUUAUAUUAUAUUCAAAUUUAAGAUUAUACACCGACGGUCAAAUUUGAAGCUUGGUCUCUAUACUACACUCAUAUCUAACAUUUAAUCUGUACACUUAAACUUUUUUUAUAUAAAU